AUGAUCGGCGCAAUCUUGAAAUGUCAUAGUCAUAGUGAACAUCUCGGAAUCGAGGUGAAGGUCAAGGAGGUGAACACGCUCUUGGAGGAGAUCUAUAACCUGGACUAUGUCAUCAACGAGCACUUCAAGCAGAUCAGCGAUCCUGGACAAGUUCAUGGUUCUGAACAUCGACAACGAGAAGAACCUCGACUAAUAGUGAACAACGAGAUGUACUACAUGAGAUUCUUGCAGGUGAAUUGGACGAGGUGGAAGAUGAGGAGCUGGAGCCGAGACAAGAACAGCAAGAACCAGGACGAGAACUGCCGCUUGGGGACAGAUUCAGCCUGGCUAGGCUUGUACGACGAGCACAUGAAGGUUUCUGGCACCCUGCCUACCAGAAGGAGUGCGCCACCCAGGGAGUUGGCAUUUAAUGACUGCGUGGGCGUGGACGUGAUCUAUCUUCCUCUACCUGGAGGGCAACACAAGACCAGGCCAGCGCUGAAUAUCAUCGACUGGAGCUCUAAGUUUCAGCUGAUGAUCCCGCUGACCGCCAAGAAACCACCGGUGGUCAGAGAGGCAUACCGGCAAUGGAUCAGGAUCUUUGGUCCAUCGAAAAGGAUUGCCCUGGACAUGGGGCGAGAAUUUCGACAAGCGUUUGCCACCAGUGCUGAAGAGGAUGGCUCGUUUGCAGACCCAGCCGCUGUCGAAGCACCAAACCAGAGAGGAAUCACAAAGAGACACGGAAAACCCUUCAAAUUCAUGUUGCUGAAAGCCAUGCACAACUACAAUUGUCAGAGUACAAAGGAGUGGGAACAGCUGAUAGACGAGGUCGUGAUGACCAAAAACCGGCUUCUACAGAACAAUGGUUUUUCUCCAAUGCAGCGUGGACUACUAUCAGGUGAUGAUGGCAAUCGGGCAUUGCCUUCAAGAGCCAGAAUGGGCGAUUUGUCAGUGGAGAGAGCGAUGAGGAUGCGAAAAGCGGCAGCCCAGGCAUUUGUGGAAGCUGAUGCAGAUGCUGCCCUACGACGAGCAAUCGAAACUGGACCUCGACCGAUGGAAGACUACCAGAUUGGGGAAAUGGUCUACUUCUUCCGCAAGGGAGCUGACAAGGAGAAUCUGACCGUGUCAGGAUGGCUCAAGGAUCUGGUCGACACCAAGGCAGACCUUGCACAGAGCCGAAACAAGGGUAUUUGGAUCUUGCAGACCAUCCUCUACCUGAACUACAAGAUCGAGUGGAAUCCGAGAACGGGGUACGAGCCAUCUGAACCGAUUGAUGACACAGGUGACCUGGCUAUCCCCAGAAGACCGAUUCCACCACAUCUGAAACGCCUUCUAGAACGUGAAGAUCCGCCACCGAGAAAGCGAUACUUUACCAAAGCACCUCCACCACAAGGAGAACCAGGUCUUGAAGAGGCAGACAAGAACCACCUUCUGCUGAAGAAGAGGGUGACGGUGAACUUCCUGACAGUCCAGGUCUUCUUUCUGAACAUUCUGCGGACGAUUGCGACCGGGGAGGAGGACACAAACGAGACGCAGAUGAAGAUGAAGACUGGUCAGCAGAACAGCCGACAGAAAAAGGAAGUGAGAUUCAACGACCUCUCUAAGACCAACCAGACGAAGUUCCGAAAAGCCAUCGAGAAGGAGAUCAAGAACAAUCUCUCCAUCGGAGCUUACACGAUUCUUUCUCAGGAAAAAUCAGCCAAAGUACGCCGAGAACAACCAGACAAGGUGAUGGAGUCUCGAUAUGUCCUGACAGCCAAAGAGAUUGAACUUGAUGAAGUGGACGAAACAAAAACCGCAGGACUUCUUCUGGACUGGGAGAGAGAAGAGCCAUGCAAAGCGAAGGCAAGACAUGUCAUGAAAGGUUUUUCAGAGACAGGAUCGGAGAACAUUGAAACUGCAACACCACAAGUGACAAGAGAAGAAGCCUUGAUGGAACAGCUCCACCUUGUCACCUAUGUGAAGAGCCAAGGUGUCACUGCUGCCUUCAACCUGGGGAAGUACUCCAAGACUGUGCUUGCACAGCAUGCAGUCUCAGCUCCAGAUCUCUCUGAUCAGCUGGGGCUGCUGCAGGGCUUGGCCAAUGUUAGCACUGAGCUGGCAAUGAAGUAUUCAGAUCUGAAAGCAGCAGUCACAGAGACAGUGAGGCAGUUUCCUGAUGUGAAGGCAAAAUUCACACAGAGCCAGCAGGCAACCCUCAAUGGUGAUUUGGCCAGCAGCCUCUUGGUGCUUCUGAACCAUGCCAGGCGUUUGAAAGACCCAAAGAGAUAUCAGGAAGCAUGCAGCAAAGCUACAGCACAGCAAGAGGCAAGACUGGAGCAGAUCAGGGCCUUACUGGUGGGAAGCUCCGCCAAGAAGAAGAAGAAGAAGAAGAAGAAGAAGCAGCCUGCUUCACCUCCUGCUUCACCUGCAACCUCAGUGAAGACAGAGGACUUGCUGGCGAUUCAUGCCCAGGUCAGAGAAGCAAUCAAAAGACCAGCAGCCAGCCUGAAAAAGCCUGCUGCAGCUUUGGAGGCAAAGGGGCCAAAGCCUUCCAAGCAGAAGAAUGGCAAAGGCAAGGGCAAGAACCAGAAAGAGGGCAUGAACCAGAAGCCUUUGGCAAAUGAUCUGGUUGUGAAAGGGAAGAAGAUGCAUUUGAUGGAGUACAAGAGCACUGGAGCCUGUGCAGUAAGAUUGUCACAAGGGAGGCAACUGCUGCAGGUUGUGAGCAAGAAAGGUGCUGAAGAGAGCUACAAGCUGGCCAAGAGCAUCAUGCAGAAGUUGCAGAGUGGUGAAAGCUUGGGUGCUGCCAGGGCAUGGAAGAAGUUGAAGCUGGGACAGGAAAAGUCCCAGAGAAAAGUGACUGUGCAGCUAGCAGCCACGAGCUACAACCAGAACCAGCAGGGUGGAAACCAGGCUGACAAGGGCAAAGGCAAGAGCUAUGCGGAGUCUUGGGGUGGGAAAGGUGUGCCCUCAGGAGAAGGAGGGGGAGGUGCAACCAGGGUCUGGAGAGACAACCUGAGGCUGUUGCGGCAGUACUACAACCCAGACAUCUCUGUGUCGCUGUGGUUGAACCACUUGUCCCUCUACUGCUCACAAACCUGGCCAGAAGUGGGGCAGAAAGGUGACUGGGAGAGCAACAGAAUGUUUCUGGAGAAGGUGAAGGAGAAAGUUGCCCCAGGUGGUAUGAGUGGAGGACAUGCAAGUGGUGGAGAUGGAUCAGGAGGGAAGGGGGCUGAAGCACCACAAGGAGCAGCUGAGGCAAACCAAAGUUAUGAGCCAAGGCGAGCACAGCUGGGAGAACUGGAAGAAUGCUUCUCGGUCCCAGGCGUGACUGGUUUGCUGAGAGCAGAGAUGGGCUGCCAAGAGGGGGCCUUGGAAGUGCAGUGGUUUUGUGCCCCAAUUGAGACAGCAGAACUUGAUGAAUUAGCCAAGAAGGAAGAGAUGUCUGAGAAGGAUUUCUCUCAAGCCCUUGCAAAAUUGCCAGAGAAGCAGGUGCAGCUUUUGUGGAAAAAGUUCGAGGCUAGCAGGAAGUCUUCUGACCAAGACAAGAAGUACAAGGAAGAGACCAAUGGGGCUGGCAGUGUGGCCAAGAAGAAAUCUUUGCUGCUCAGCUGGGCCAUGGGUGGUGCCAAGUGCGAUAAGCACUACAAGGGUGCAAUGAUGAAGUUGAGCCUAGACAAGAGCCAUGGAGUGAAAAGGGCAUGGGUCAGCAAGAAGAAAUGUGAAGAGGACUUAGGGCUAGAGGAAAUGAGAUUGAGACUGUCUGCUGUAACUUUGAAGUGGAGGAGAAACCCAGAAGAUCCGCGAUUCUUCCAAUUCCAAGCCACCACAGGGAAGGAAGCCACAUACCUGCAUAAGCACAAGGAAGCCCAUAGAAAAGUGGAAGGAACAGGCAGCCUGACAGAAGCAAUGGCCUUCAACCAGCUGAUGGAUGAUGAUGACUUGGAUGAGCGCCAUUUUGACUUGAGCCAGGCUGCUCCCAGCAAGCCUUUGGGGCUGGAUGAUGGCUUGGCUGCUGCCAUGGGCCUCAAGGCAAAGAAAAAGAAGGGUGCAAGUGGAGAGGAGGAUGAGGAGGAGGAUGAGGAGAAAGAUGAGGAAGAAGAGAAAGAGACCAAAGGAAACAAGUGGGACCAGAUGUCCCAAGUCAGUGCAGGGGAUGGCCAGAAGCAACUCGAGGCCCAGCAGAAAGCACUGGUGAAGAAGGUGCAGGAGUCCCAGAAAAAUGGCCAAGCUGCUUUGAAGCAGGUGACUGCCCAUUUGGCUGGGAAGACUGGUGCCAAAACUGAGCUGGCCAAGGUCCUCACCCAGGCAUGCACUGCCUUGAAAGAUUUGAAGUCAAAGAAGCAACUGGCAGCCAAGGCCAUGAAGCACUAUCACAAGCAAGAAUCUGAGAGGCCCUUUACUGACAUGCGACCCACUGCAGCAUGGAGAAGCACAAUUUUGAGUGCAGCUGAUUUGGCGAAGAAAUUCAAGCACCCCUUGUUCAAGGUACCAGGGGUGUCAGUCCCCACCCUCAAACUGGACAUCCUACACCUGCUUGAUUUGGGAGUGAGCUGCUACCUUUAUGGCAAUGUUCUGUAUUCAGUCAUGAAUGGCUUGGGUGGCACAAGCAAGGAAGCAAACCUGGCAAGCCUUAACAAGCUGUUGGUGAGGCCCUAUGAUGCCCAAGAAGUGCCUAGUGGGAAGAGAAUCAGGCCUCUCCACCUGAGCGAUAUAGCCAAAACUUCAGAGGAAUACACCAGUUUGAAGCACAUAAAAGGUGCAAGGGUGAGGUGGCUCAGCCCCAUCAUGGUAGAACUCUGCAAGCUGUACAAGGCAGGAAAAGCUCCAAAACACAGACUGGAAGCUGUGACUGCCUUGAACAAUAUGUACAAUGCUUUGAAGGUGCCAUGGCAAGAAUGGCUUGAAGAGGCUAGCAAAACCUUCAACUCCAACACAGAAAAUCUUCUGGCUCAUUAUAGCUGGCUGGCAAAGGAUGCCAUGCAGGAAGGCAAGCACUUGUACUCCAUGACCCAGAAGCAUCAUGUGCUUUGUCACAUGGGGCCCCAGGCAGCCCACUUGCACCCUGCCACAUGUUGGCGCUAUGGAUCUGAAGGCUUUAUGUCAAUCAUGGUGCACAUGACCUCAAGAGUGAUUGCAGUAGCUACAGAUGAUCUUCUACAUGGAGGAGAUGAACACCACAUAAAGUGCAUGGAACAGAUCAGAGAGACUUACCGCUUGGGCAAGUUUCAAUUUGGCCACGGCAAAUUCACAGGAAAAUACUUUCACCAGAAGGAGGACUACAGCAUCGUUGUGAACCAGGAAAACUACGUCAAGGACAAGCUCAUCAACAUCGACCUGACGAAGCAGCAGAAACGUCAAAGAUAUUCUAUGUGCAAUGAGAAACAGGUUUCUGCACUCCGUGCGAAUGUAGGAGCCCUGGCGUGGUUAGCAAAGGAGACAAGACUAGAUUUGGCUGGUAGAGUUGAACUACUACAGCAGGCGUUUCCAAAGCCUAGGGUUUUGAAUCUUUUGGAAGCCAAUACACUGACCUUGGAGGCCAAACAAACAGCAACCAGCGGCAUCGUUUUGAUGCCCGUUCCAGUGGAGAGGCUCCGAGUCGGUAAACUCCAAGGACCUGAACUCCAGAGCCUUUUACCGUCACGGACAACGAUGAAGGACGGUGGAGAAACUCUGGAGGAAUUGGAGCACACCAAGAUCAACGACGUGUUCCUCAAGCUUCUGAGCACCAGCAGCCAAGGUCAUGACAUGAAAAAGCAGGAAUGGGAGAGCAAAUUGGCAGAGAUUCCGUUUGUAUCGGUCGUGGAUUCAAAAUCUCUCUUCGACUGCCUGAACAAAUUGAUCUGCACCUAUGCCCAGAUUGAAGACAAGAGAACAGCGAUCGAUGUUGCCAUCCUCAAAGAUGAUUUAUGCAAAACUGGGGGUCAUGUUCGUUGA